AUGUUAUAUGCAUUUUUUCGGGUUUAUAUUAGCUAUUUUUAAAGCAUAUGUUCAUUGAUUUUAAAUCGUCUUCGUGAAUAAUUUCUUAUGAAAUGUAUUCUUUAAUUAUCAAAUGGCAUGUUUACUCUAAUUUUUCAUAUAAUUCGUUUUGAGUUAUAUCCAAAUAUAUCAAACUUAAUUCAUCAAAUUCAUCAUUUCCAGGAUAUUUUCUAUGAGACUUUUUAAAGUAUCCCAAAUUUUUUAAAUUAACAGAGACAGACUCUUUAUGCAAAUCUGAAAACUAUUUACCUAAUUUUAGUAAUGCCUAAGAAGCUUUAUCCUUAAGCUCUUAUCUAGGGAGUGUUAGCAUGGAAAGUGUUAUAUGAAAUAUGUCUGGAUUGUUUGGAGAAACAAUUUUUUUUUAAUGUUCACUCAUAUCAUUAUAAAUAUUAUUUUACAAGUCUCUGA